AUGCAUCACGCCAUGGAUCACGGCGACAUGGACCACGGCGACGGAGGCAUGGAUCACGGUGGCGGCGGCAACGAUAUGUGCAGCAUGAACAUGCUCUUCACAUGGAGCACCAAGAACCUUUGCAUCGUCUUCCGCCAAUGGCACAUCCGCUCCACCUUCGACCUCGUCCUCUCCCUCAUCGCCGUCGUCGCCAUUGGCGCCGGAUACGAAGCCAUCCGAGCAUUUAGCAGGAAGUACGAGCUCGCCGUAACAAAGCGAGUCGAGUUGGCUCCGAGACAGAACCAGCCAGAGAUCAACCGCCGAGCCCACAUUAUCAAGGCCGUUCUCUACGGCAUUCAAAACUUUUACGCCUUUAUGCUCAUGCUUAUCUUCAUGACCUACAACGGAUGGGUCAUGAUUGCCGUCUCGGUCGGCGCAUUUGUGGGGUAUCUCCUAUUCGGAAACACCACUUCUUCGACGAAGGAUACCGCGUGCCAUUGA